AUUAAGAAAAGGUCCUCACUUUUUUAGCUUCCCCUAAUCAUGAUAUCAGAUUCCUCAUUAAAGAUCUUCAUUUCAUCUGUCAUUAUCAUUUUUUUAAUUGCUUGUCAAUCAUCUGCAUAAUUGUUAAUUGCACUUCACCAAAGCCACCCAGCAAAUCUGCAACUCUAAUGGGCCCCACCAACUUUACCUCUCUCUUUUCUUUUUCCUUUUAUUGUCUCCUCUCCUUCCCAUUCCAAUUCUUGCAACACUUCUCGCUCUGUUUCUAGAAUGGAGCAUGCUGGAUGGUUUAUGAGAAUUAUUCAAGGAGAAAGGAACUUCUGAUUCUUGAGGAUUAGUUAUUGUAGCCUAAGUAUUUUGAUGCUAAUUCCUAGAUUCCAUCAAGAUCUGAUUUUUAUGGCUCGCUCCAUCUAAAUUCAGGUGAAUCAGCAGCAGGUAAAUGGACUUGGUGGCUGUAAGAUGCCUUAUUAACAGUGUAUCUCGGUUUAUUCAUUUAGUAACAUGUUCUCCUGUGAAGGCUAUGCCUGCUCAGAAUGACUAUGUGCAUCUGAGCUGUCUACUAAAGCAUUUGAAACCAUUACUUGACAAUGUUGUUGAUGGAAAAGUACCUUCAGAUGAAUUUCUUUGUAAAGAGUAUGAACAAUUGGAUGUAGCAGUCAAUGAGGCUAGGGAAUUUUUCGAGAAAUGGUCUCCAAAGAUGAGCAAGAUUCUUUGUGUUGUGCGAAGUGGCCUGUUGGUGCAUAACAUAGAAAGCACCUCGCUAAAGAUUACACAAGUUCUAUCUGGAUUCUUGCAAUCAUCGGCACAUACCAAUAGCCUAUGUGAUUCUCAGAAAUUUCAGCAUUUGAAGCUAUCAAACCAUGUAAACGAGGUGCUUCAAAAGAUAACAGAAGGAAAUAUCCCUUCUUCUGAGCAUCUUAUUCGAAUAAUUGAGUCACUUAACUUGGCACCAAAUCAGGAACUGCUGAAUGAGUGUAUUGCCCUGGAGAAGGAGAGAAUGAAGGCUGAAGACCAUAAACUGAAUCAGAGCUUAGAAGAAAUCAACCGUAUCAUUGUCCUAUUGUCUCAUAUUCGAGAUAUAAUGGUUAAACUUGACAACUUCAAGUCCAUAGAUGGAAUUAAGAUCCCUCCCUACUUCCUUUGUCCUUUAUCUGUAGAACUAAUGAUGGAUCCAGUGAUUGUGGCUUCUGGGCAAACCUAUGAGAGGACUUCCAUCAAAAAAUGGCUUGAUCAUGGAUUAAACAUAUGCCCUAAAACUCGUCAAAAACUGUCCCACACUAACCUUAUCCCCAACUAUACAGUUAAGGUUCUGAUAGCAAAUUGGUGUGAGGAGAAGAAAAUAAAGCUUCCUAACCCUCCUGACUGCCUUAAGUGUGGAUCGGUUACACCUCAGUCAGAGAAUGUCAAUCAUGUGGAUAAUGUUCAAUGUAAUUUUGAAGGUGGGAAUUCAAUAUUAGGAUCUUCAGUUGAAGCCCGAAAUGAUUCUGAAAAGAAGGUUGAUGGUUCUAAUGGAUUCUGUUACGAGGAGUUGCAUGUGUGUCAAGCUGAAAAGUCUGACCACUCCUCGACACACUCGUACGUCCACAGUAGGAGUGAAUCAACAUCAAGUGCUGUCUCUAGCAUCGAGUACCUGCCUUCAGCAUUACCUGAUUUAUCUAGGAUCUCAAGUAAUCAUGAUAAUGUGAGUGCUAGAUUAGGAGAUACAGUGUCUGAUUGCUCCCUAUCUGCUUCGAAUAAGAAUCCUGAAUCUUCUCCUUCUUUGACUGGAAGACACUACCACAGUUCCAAGACAAUGGCUGAAAUGGCUGUGAAUGGAAAUCAUAAUCCAUCUAGAUCACUAUCACUUCCUUCUGAGGCUAGAUGCAAUGAUCUAACCUCAACUUCUCAUGUUGAAAAGCUCAUUAAAGAUUUGAAGAGUCAGUCAGCUGAAUUGCAAACUGCAGCUACAGCAGAAUUGCGGUUUUUGGCGAAAUAUAACACUGAAAAUCGUAUUAUCAUUGGAAAUUGUGGGGCUAUUGCACCAUUGAUUUCAUUGCUACACUCGGAUGUGAAGACAACCCAAGAGCAUGCUGUCACUGCACUUCUAAAUUUAUCAAUUAAUGAGAAGAUUAAAGCCCUAAUUGCAGAAGAAGGAGCCCUUGAUCCACUAAUACACGUUUUGAGGACUGGAAAUGCUGGAGCAAAAGAGAAUGCUGCUGCAUGCCUUUUCAGUCUCUCAGUUUUGGAGGAGUACAGGACAAAGAUUGGUCGUUCAGCUGCAGUUAGAGCGUUAGUUGAUCUUCUAGGAUCAGGUACUGUCAGAGGGAAGAAAGAUGCUGCUACUGCCUUGUUUAACCUGUCUAUUCUUCAUGAAAACAAAGCUCGUAUAGUCCAGGCUGGAGCUGUUAAAUAUCUUGUGGAGUUGCUGGACCCUGAUAGAGAAAUGGUUGAUAAAGCUGUUGCUCUUCUUGCAAAUUUGUCUACCAUAACAGAGGGAUGCUCAGCCAUUGCUCGAGAAGGGGGAAUACCCUCAUUGGUUGAGAUUGUGGACACAGGCUCUCAGCGGGGAAAGGAGAAUGCUGCCUCAAUCCUGUUGCAAAUGUGCAUAAACAGUCCAAAGUAUUGUCGGCUUGUUUUGCAAGAAGGAGCUGUCCCGCCUCUUGUUGCAUUGUCUCAGUCUGGCACUCCAAGAGCAAAAGAAAAGGCACAGCAGCUUCUGAGCCACUUCCGCAGUCAGCGGGAAGGUGCUAUGGGUAGAGGAAAGUCAUGAGGUGAAAAGUUUGAACUAAUUUAUGCUUGUUCUCUCCGCAGUUUUAUCAAUGUAAGUAACUGCUGAAGCAAGUUUUCUUCAUUGUUGUUUAUCUAGAAGUUCUUUUAGCUGUUUACUUAGUGCAAUUUGUGAGGUAGUCAUGUUCACUUGGCCUGCAAAUGAGAGUAGAUCAUCCGUUUUGUAGCUUUUAAUACUGGCAGUUCCCGCUAUUGCUUUCUCUUUUUGUAGUUACUUCGGACUCUAUCGGAGUAUUGCAUGUAUAUGUGUAUAUAUUCUUCAACUCCUGUUAAUAUCAUCUUCCAUGAUGCAAAAUGAAUUUGAGGUUCUCUGCUCUUGGUGUA